AUGCAUCCAUAUUCUGAUGGACAUGUCUACGCCUCAUACACUGCACCGGGGAGCUUACACCCGGGUUCCAAUCUAAGUGAUGCCCGAUCGAUCCUACCUGCUUACCAACUUCACCCUGUCCUUUACGAGCAACACCCGAUGCAACAACAAUAUGCCCCCUCGGUCCUCUCCCAGGGAGUUGUUUACCCAAUCCAUGCACUAUCAUCUUAUCCUCCAGCGGCGAUAAAUGCGAAUAUGACAUUUGGUGCCCCCUUUCCGUUCUAUGCGCCAUAUUUUCAACAGAACCAGCACCAGGAACCGCAUGUUCAACAUAACGCCCCCAGCCAUCAACCAUUGAGACCUAAUUCGUUAAGCCAGGCUAAUUCUCAUAUCCCCGGUCAGACAAAUUCAUAUGCACAGCCAAUUUAUCCGCAGGCCUCGAUUGCGGCUGCACCUGACCUUCGGUUGGCACCGACAAGCAUGUCGGUUUCGCAUCGCCGAUCUUCGCCUGGCCAUAUGGCCAAGAAGGCCACCGAUUCUGAUAGAGAAAAUGGCCAACGACACAGCAGCACGGAUUAUGAUGUCACGAAGACGAUUGUGGAUGGCUCUACGCCGAUGCGUGCGACCUCGCAUUCGUCCCAGUCGCUCGGAUCAAAUGCCUUACGUGGAUCACCCAGGAAGCCCAAGCAGUCCGGCCAUGCUUUGUGGGUCGGGAAUCUACCCCCAGCAACCAAUAUCACAGAUCUUAAAGACCAUUUCUCCCAGGAAGCUACGGAGGAACUAGUAAGCGUUUUUCUCAUCUCCAAAAGUAAUUGUGCCUUUGUCAACUACAAGACCGCUGCCGCUUGCGCUGCCGCCCUGUCAAGGUUCAAUGACUGUAGGUUCAACGGUGCGCGUCUUGUCUGCAGACUGCGGCACGGAUCCAUACCGGCCAGUUUCAAUCAAGAAUUCAUGAGCUCGUCUGUGUCCUCGCCAACACAAGACGGAGGCGAGAGUAAGCAAUUAAUCAUUGAAGACGAUGUGGAGUCACCAAAAUACCGGCGAAUCGAGGAAAGCAGACGCGCAAAUGCCAGAAUUUCGAGCAGAUACUUCGUUGUGAAAAGCUUGACUAUUGAUGAUCUCGAGCAUAGUCGACAAAGCAACAUUUGGGCUACACAAACUCACAAUGAGGACCAACUAAAUGAAGCCUACGAGAACACAGAUGAUGUUUACCUGAUCUUUUCCGCUAACAAGUCUGGCGAAUACUACGGAUACGCUCGCAUGAUGUCGCCCAUACAGGAAGAUGAGAGCCUGGCUAUAGAGGCAUCGCCACGACCCAACAGUAUGCCGAUUCCAGAAGAACCAGACAUUACUCCUACUCCAGCGACAUCUACUGCUCGCAAAGGAAGAGUCAUCAAUGAUCCUAUAAGAGGAACCAUCUUCUGGGAGGCAGAAUCGUCUGAGGAUGAAGACAAUACGAGGCCCGAUAGGAUCGGUACCAGGACGGAUGAUACCAUUGAACCGAGUCCGCAGUUGAUCGGGAAACCAUUCAGAAUACGAUGGCUAUCGACCACCCGCGUCCCAUUCCAUCGUACUAGAGGAUUGCGAAACCCUUGGAAUGCGAACCGAGAAGUCAAGAUAGCCCGUGACGGAACAGAGAUCGAGCCGGGGGUAGGAUGGAAACUCGUACAGCUAUUUCACUCGAACACGCUGGAGUGA